UCGUCAAUCGCAGCAGCGCUGUUGUGUGGCCCGCCACACGUGGGUCUUCUGCACUUGGCGACGCCCCUCCAUACCGUACCAGUUUUGGCGAUGGAGGCGAACGGGGGGACGAGACGUGACACACUGAGCAAGGCGGAGAGGACGGCGGUGGCAGCGGCCGUGAACGGCAUCCUCUUCCGGUGUCAAUUGAAGAGGGGCGAGGGGAGGAUGAGAGCGGUCAUUCGCGCACGGCGGAAGAGGACGCUGCAGUCCACGAAUAUGGAGGGAGAGGACAGUGGUGCCAUUUGCGACGCCGUGCUGCAGGUGUGCUACGCCAUGGGGUGUGGAGCAUUCCCCAGAGCGAGGCCCAGGUGGUGGAUGAAGCGACAGACAGGCGGGACGUGGGAGGAUCUUCGGCAAUGCGACGAUGCGACGGCGAACUACUUCAAGGACAAGCUGCGCAUGUCGCCACGUGUGUUUCGAGAGACCACGGAAGCUUUGUCGGACGACGGACUACUUCAAGGCAAUGCGGCAAUGGGAGCGACAGAUUGACGCCGCCAUCCCCUUCGUCGCCACUCAGCCCCUGCUGGAGGAGUUGGGUGUACGACUGCUCGCCCGAGCCCAUAACCGCCGUCGCGGCUUCCACAGAG